GAUGUGAGUUGCCAUUAUUUUACAAUUCAUUUACAGGCACUAUGAUUUCUACAUUCGUUGUUACCGUGUUGUUUCUGUCUGCCGCUACAGCAAAACAGUAUAACAGUUACGAAGAACCGGAGUGGAGACUGAUUGGAGACCAACCGAAAGAUGGCUCCUUCGAAGCCCGUUUAUAUCCUGCAUGUAAUUGGACAACCACAAGUAUAAGGGGGGACACCGUAGACCAAGUUACGAAGACCGCUUUCUGGAGGCUUUUCAAAUACAUACAAGGAGCCAACAUUAGAAAAACUGUUAUCCCGAUGACUGUACCAGUGUCCAUCCGUACGCCAAGCCAACCGUGUCCGUUCUGCCCCACUGAGUUCGACAUCUCAUUCUAUUUACCCACAGCCUUCCAAACGAACCAACCAGAGCCCACAAACUCACUUAUUACAGUAAGGGAACAACCAGCAAUGAAAGUAUAUGCAAGAACCUUUACCGGAUUCGCUGAUUCCGUCGCAUGGAAAACUGAAGCUGGCAAACUCUAUGCUGACCUCUUGCGGAAUGGUGUUUCAGAUUCGACGCUGGACAAACGAAUGAUGAUUUGCGCCGGUUACGAUAGUCCUUUUCAUUUGUUUAAUCGACGUAAUGAAGUUUGGAUAGCUGUUAAACCGCAAGCGUGAAGAAUGAAAUAAAAUUCGUGCCAAAUGUUUUUGUAUCUGUUCUUGAGGGUUAAGACUGUUGUUGCCUACCCUGUUAAAUUGAAUGAAUGAAUAAAUGUAACUUAG